AUGAGUGAGGUUCAGGUCACAAUGCCUAUCAUUGAUGCUUUCAUGCUGGUUCCUCAAUACAGCAAGUUCUUGAAAGAUGCUGUAGCUGCAAAGAAGAAAGAAAUGGAAGGCAUGAUGAUACUUACUCAUGAGUGUAGUGCAAUCAUCCAGAGAUUGAACAUUCCUAAGAAGCUAGAAGAUCCAGGAUGCUUCACACUCCCUUGUGCCAUUGGUCCUAUAGAGUUUGAGAAGUGUCUUUGCGAUCUUGGGGCUAGUGUCAGUCUCAUGCCUUUGUCAGUUGCGAAAAGACUUGGAUUCGCUCAGUACAAGAAGUGCAGGCUUUCAUUGGUAUUGGCUGAUCGAUCAGUGAAGUUUCCAGUUGGUAUCUUAGAAGAUCUCCCAGUGAUGGUUGGAAAUUGUGAGAUUCCUACAGACUUUGUGGUGCUUGAGAUGGAUGAGGAGGCUAGAGACCUUUGA